CCACCCAAGGACAGUCGUGAUAAGGAGGAGCGUAAAAGCGUGUUUCCGGUAAGACUAGGCCGAGAGAGACAACAGUACGAAUAGUAAUCUAUAUAUGUAGCUAGUGAAAAGUAAAUAAAAAUAUAUCAGCAACUGUUUACUUUGUUAGACAACGGCAACACAUUUUUCUAAAGCUAAAAAUAGAUAUCGAUCAGUCGUCCGCCAAAGAGGGGGCUGUAGCAGGGCAAUGGAAGCCGAGUUUCGGGAAAUCGAUGAACACGGGAGUUGGAACGCCAUUUACCAGGAAAUACGUCAGCAAUCAAGUGAGCUGCCCUGCAAACUUGCCAAAUUACCUGAAAACAAAACUCGGAAUCGCUACCGAGAUGUCAGCCCAUUUGACCACAGUAGAAUCUGCCUUCAACUGGGUACUAACAACUACAUUAAUGCAAGCCUAAUUUCUGUAGAAGAGGCACAAAGAAGCUACAUUCUUACUCAGGGACCCCUUCCAAACACAUGUGGUCACUUUUGGGAGAUGGUGUGGGAACAGAGGACCAUGGGAGUGGUGAUGCUAAACCGUGUCAUUGAGAAAGGAUCUGUGAAGUGUGCACAGUACUGGCCAAAUAGAGAGGAGCGGGAGGCAGUCUUUGAUGACACAAAUUUCAAGCUUUCAUUUGUUUCAGAAGAUAUAAAGUCCUACUACACUGUCCGUCAGUUGGAGCUGAAGAAUCAGUCGACUCAAGAAACUAGAGAGAUCCUACAUUUUCACUACACCACCUGGCCUGACUUUGGGGUGCCCGAAUCUCCAGCCUCCUUCCUCAACUUCCUGUUCCAGGUGCGGGAGUCUGGGUGCCUCAGCUCUGACCACGGGCCUGUGGUGGUACACUGCAGUGCAGGCAUUGGCCGCUCUGGAACCUUCUGUCUCGUCGACACCUGCCUCUUACUGAUGUCAAUGCGCAAGGACCCGUCAUCUGUGCGCAUUCGCGACGUGCUGUUGGAGAUGCGCCGCUAUCGGAUGGGCCUGAUUCAGACACCGGACCAACUCAGAUUUUCCUACCUCGCUGUCAUCGAAGGUGCCAAGUACAUCAUGGGGGACACAUCGUUGCAGGAGUCGUGGAAAGAGCUCUCCAACGAAGAGGACUACCCUCCAGAGGUCACACCUCCCCCGCCCAACCCCCGUCCUCCGGGUCCAUCUGUCAACGGCACUGUUGAACCCAUCUCCUUCUUUCCUGAGGAGGUUGUUUUGCAGAAAGAUAUCCAUACUCUCAGUGCCCAACCAGAGACUGGACUGCGAUGGAGGGGCGGUGGCGGGGAUGGAGCUACCGCCCAGUCUGCUACGGUUCUCGCUGGUCAACCUGAAGGCCUGGCGGGAAGCAAAGAACCCGCUCCCACAGCCCCUGUGGAAACACACCAGCAGCAUGACACAGAAACACAUCAGAGGCUGGACCCGGACCAGACGACGAAGCUGGCUGCAGAAGACAACAGCCCAGAUGCACAGAAGGCCUGGAGCCCCCUGCUGGCCAAUGUUUGCCUCUGCACGGCCCUAGCCCUAGGUGCUUACGUCUGUUACCGGGCCUGUUUCCAAUGUUCUCCCCCCCCCCCCCCCCCACCCUUCUCCCCGUUUAGCUCCUCCCUUUUCUCUUGUCAGUUUAUUUUUUUUUCCCCGGAGGGGGAAUUAGGCCGGCCAGCUGACCUUGUCUGCCUAGGUUUUCUCUGCUGGCUGGUAGAGUGGAUUGUUUGGACGAAUGGAUUCAAACUCACUCAUUUUCUUUAGAAAUGCAGAGCAGGGGUGUGUGUGUGUGUGUGUGGAAGGAAGGGACUUAGCCUCACCACCCACCGCAGCUCCCCCGUCAACUUUCCGCUUGGAUGCUCAGGGCCUCACUAUUCAGGUGUCACAUCCCAUGUACAAGCGCUGAUUUAAAAAGGAAUGUGUGAACAAACAUCUUUCUUUAUAGACGUCAGUGUAGGAAGGUGUGUGGCCUGGCCUGUGUUCGGUGAGCCACUAGUUAUCAAAUGGCACACACAGGUGUUAUUCCAUUUUAGCCUUUGGAAAUAACGUCCGUUAUUGGCUAUUCAUCUUUCUCUUCCAAAUGUUAAUGUCUCAUACAAUUCUCCAAAUGAAACAGUUGGUCAGGAGAGGGCUAGUUUUGUGGCAACCCCGACGUGCCAGUUUAAUGAAUUGCUGCGGAAAUGUUGGUUAAAAGAAAACGACCAAACCUAAAAUUAGGCAGUAUUACACACAGGACUGAGCUGAAACGAAUAGGGUGGCCACCAUCUGAGGGGGUGGACUGCCCUCCCUCCCUUCCAGUAGAUGAGGGGUGCGUGUGGUGGGUCAUUUACAGGCCAUUAGAGAGCUCUGUACCUCUGCCACUGUUCAGGGCCUUUUGGCUAGAGCUGUAGGAUGCUGUGUGUGUGUGUGUGUGUGUGUCUCUGUGUGUGUGUGUGUGUGCGCGCGCGCGUGCGUGGAACAAGUGUUCAGUAAUCUGCGGUCUUACUAGGAAACAUUAUAAGACUAUAAUAUUCAGUGAGGCAUUUUGGGAGUGUGUUUUAGAUUUCCUGGUCUUUCACUCUGUCUCACCCUUCAUUGCUUAACAUUUUAAACAGGAGUGUGUAGUUGGUUAUGUGCUUGGUAUGAAAGUGUUGCAUGUAUGUAUUGAGCUGUUCUGUUUGACCUAGAUUCAGAUGUUGCGUUCAGAUGGGGACUGUUUGAAAGCAGCUCCAGCUAAAACUGAUGUACAUAUUCCAUGUAUUAUUAUUUUUUUUUCUGGCACAAGUCUGCGCUAUACUUUUUUUCUGUUGAUUUCACAACAUAAUUUGUGUUGUCAGACUUAUUACAUAUAUUGUUCAGGGAUAGCAACUUCUUUCUGUCACCAAAUUGGAUGACCAGUGCAGAGGCUUUUCAUACUGAAGAAACAGUGAAUGUGUAAGGGGGGGAAAUGCUUCCGGUGACUAGAGCAGGCAUCUGAACACAGGAGGCAGCAUUAACACGCAAUUGCCAGCCUCAGCUUUCUGUAUGGAGACAUAGACUGCAGCUAACCCUCUUCCUUCGCUAGCAAUACCAAUUCUUUUAUAUCGCCCUUCAUUUCCCCUGGACCCAUCCUGCCUGACUGGACAGGGAGUGUGGGACCUCAAACCAACCAAAAAAACAACCAACCAGCUAACACCAGCACAGGGAUUAAAACACUGUUGUGAGCAAUUGUUUUGUCACAGGUCUGGACUAUCAAUCUUUGUUCUUGGAGCUUUUUCCAGAUAGACAUUUUGCUGUUGUGAAAGAACAGGUUUUUCAUGAGAUUAGUUUAGAUGCGAGCAUUCAGUUUUCUCGGUGACUCAAAAAUAAUUUUGUUCUUCCUGAGUCCAAAGGCUGUACCAGAGACUGUGCAGAAAGGAGGCAUCCGACAUAGGGAGCGACCCCCUCUCCCAUAAUGCAUUUAUCUGGCAGGGCGUGGGCCACUACUCUCUGCUUAUUGACGCUAGCCAUGUGGAGGUCUUUAGCGGAAGGCUGGUUCAUUCCUUUCUAGCCAGGGUGAGGAGGUUAGGAAGGAGUGGGAGGCUAACAUGGCCUGCGAAGUCCCUCCCUCCAGCCAGAAAAUGAAAGCAGAUGAGAGGUGUCUUACUGGGGCACUCCUCCACAGAGGGUCGACCCUGCCCCAGUCAAAAUAAAUGCUGUGUCGGUCAGGUGCUUUCUGUACUUUUGCUGCACUUUUUCUCUAGAAUGUAUGAAGUCCUAUUAAUGGACACGUCCGCCCCCUUUUUUCAGGUUUCAUUGUGAUGUACUUUUUUCUGUAUUGGCCAAGUUAUGUAACUCACAGUACUUACCUGGACAGCCUUGUUUGCCCGGAUGUACAUGUUUUUCCUCUACUUAUGCUCACAAACAUUUUUUAUUUACAUCCAUCAUCGUAUUCAUUUUUUAAUAAAAAUAUUUCUGCUUUGUUCUGGUUUCUGGAACAUAUAUUUUUUAUUUUCAGACAAUUUUAAUCCGAGCUCUGUUAAUAAAAUGUUUACACAGAGUAAGUUUGGUCUCUGUGCUUUCAUGUAAUUCCAUCUUAUGUGUGAUGUAAUGAUCAUAUUGACAACAAAUGACAAAAGGAUUAUGAAAGGUCAGUGAAGACAUACCAAGACAAUAUUACUCUAACAGGCAUCUCAUGAUGUAGCAAGAGCAUUGAUGAGAGUGGGAGUCUCCGACAUUAAGCUGUGUUGUUUGUGAACUAACGUUGUGUGGCAUAAAGUGAUAUGAUUUAAAACUGGACCUCUCUUCAGUCACAUACUGACACGCUAAAAUCCUUUUAACGUCAGCCGUUGUAACAGUGUGCUGAAUUGAUCAGUAAAGCUUAAUAAGAAAUGCAAUUUUCAUUGACAAAUAUUUCAUCCUGUGAUGAACGCAGUGGACUACGUGUCUACAGCGCAUUUCAAAAGCAGAGGUUGAGAUUGCCACAAGGGGGCUCCUUGGUGCAUACAAAUAGCCUGUGGUUCAAUGCAAACAGACAAGUUGAGGAUUAAUUGUGUCAUCAAAAAGUCUUAUGACUCAUACCUGGGCACAUGUUGUACAGUACAGCCCACGCUUUCCUGUUAACUGGAACUGUGCUCAUCAAUAAUGAGUUUGUAUGCACAAAUGCAUCCUUUUAUAUUAAGCCACUGUUAUGCUUUACAUUUUGAAUGUCAUGUUUAGAAUCUUCUUUUCAGUCCAAACCAAUGAUCGGACAGAAACUGUGUCAACAAUAAUUGUGUUCUGUCUUCUCUUUUCCUGCAUGGAUAAAUACAGACAUAAAAAAAACAUACAUAUCCAGGAACAGGCAUACAACAUCACAGUCUUUGGAUUGGCUUAAUGUAUUGUCAUAAAUAAAGUAUAUGUAAUAGUAAAGCCUACUGAGCAUA